UAUACGAAUACAACGAACACAAAAAUACCUCAACAAAUUGAUAAUAACGUGAAAGAAGGGUAUGUUGUAUGGAAUGAAAAUUGUCGAAUACCCAACAUAAGUGCUUACGACAAGACAAUUAAAAAUUUAAUUAAAAAAAGCAAUUCUCCAAAGUGCUUUUCAACAUUGCCGUUAACUAGCGUAAUCCUUGAUACAGACAAAUGGUUUUACACUUUUAAAAUUAACCAUGGACUUAACUCACAAAUUUCAAAAUCAAUUGUUAAUUGUUGUUAUUCGUCAAUCGUUAGAAAUGAGCUGAAAUUCAAAAAUAAUCCAAAAGACGACGAUCGUUAUAAAGUUGAGCCAAAAUGUAAUCCCAUCAAUGAUUCAGAAAUAAUUCCCAAGUCAGUGGAAUACAUGAUGGUAACAUGUGAAUUGAGACCAAAUGGUGAUAAAUUAAAAUCGACAGUUUAUAAAGAUAUUCAUGCAAUGGUGAUCGAUAAAGGUCAAAGACGAUUCCGCAAUUCAGAUAUCCCAGACAAGCCCAGCGUGCUAAUAAUAUCCAUUGACUCAUUGUCACGCUUAAAUCUUAUACGAUCAAUGCCUAUAACAUAUCGUUUGUUGGAAACGCAUGGAUUUAUGUCACUUGAGGGGUAUAAUAAAGUCGCCGACAAUACAUUUCCCAACGUAGUACCAAUUUUAACCGGCAUGUUUGUAAAUCAAAUGACUAAACGGUGUUGGAAGAGUCCCAAAGACGAGAUGGAUGGAUGUCCAUUUUUGUGGAAAGAUUUCAAAGAACGAGGUUACGUUACGGCUUACGUGGAGGACGAACCCAGCAUGGGCACUUACAACUUCGGCAAAUACGGAUUCCGGAACGCACCGACCGACUACUACUCGCGGCCGUACAUGCUAGCGGCCGAGCGUUACUUGCCGGUAAUCAAGUAUGACGGCAUGAAUUUCUGCCUUGGUCCGCGGUCCACGCCUGACCGGAUAUACAGUUACGCCGAGGACUUCRUCCGGUUGCACAGGCACCACGGAUAUUUUGCCGUGUUCUGGAUGAACACGUUCAGCCACAACGACGUGAACACACCGUCGGCGAUGGACCAGCGGACGGCCGGCGCGUUAUCCAAGUUGCUGAACGGCCGGUUGCUGGACAACGCUGUCACUGUAGUGCUCAGCGACCACGGGCUCAGGUUCGGGGCGAUACGCCAGACACAUGUCGGCUGGCUUGAGGACCGAAUGCCCGCGUUCUACGCCCGCCUGCCGCCCGGAUACGUGGCCGCGCGACCCGACCACCACGCAGCUCUGGCAGCCAACAAACACCGACUAACGUCGCCAUUCGAUCUGCACCUGACGCUCAAACAAUUGCUGUUUCAGCAGCACGGCGACGAUAACAACAACAGCAGUCUUUCCGCCACUGUGGCCGACGGGUGUCCAACUUGCCAUAGCCUGUUCCAACUAGCCGAUUCCAACAGGUCGUGCGAACAAGCGGGCAUCGCGCCGCAUUGGUGCACGUGCAACGAGUACGAUGAAUUAGACCAGCAUAGCAAGACAGCAGUGGACGGUGGCAAGUACGUGGUGCGGCAGUUGAACGCUUUACUAGCCAAGUACCGAUCAGCGGUUCAUCAGGGGUACGUCUGUUCUUACUUGUCGCUGAGAAAAACCGUAUCGGCCCGGAGCAGGGUGGACCGGGUAAGUGGUCGCCGCGAAUACUUAUUGGUUGUGGAAACGCUACCGGGCCGGAGCAUGUUUGAGGUGACCGUCGGCCAGGAAGACAGUAGCAACGGUUCGUUCGGCAUGCUCGGCGACAUAAGUCGCAUUAACAUGUACGGGUUCCAGAGCUUUUGCACGGACGACUGGAGAUUAAAAAAACAUUGUUAUUGCGUGAAAAAAAAUCGAAAGCCUGCUGGCAGUUAGUGAUGACAGUAAAUAUUCUGCUUCGGUUUGACGAAUGGAUAUAAAUUAUUCUUGGGAGGCGACCCUUAAAGUCCUCGUUCCGUGACAUGACAAUAUUCUAGAUUCCAACUUCUAAUCCUAUUUUUUAAACUAUAAAAUAUUAUAAUCAUUCACUGUUAGAUAACAUAACACAUAACUUCACAAAGUUUCAAAAUAUGAAUACUUACAYAAUAAUAUAAUACGUAUGGUCUGAAAUUUACUAUAGAUGAUAUAGGGUGCUGUAACACUACAUUGGAUUUCAAGAGAAAUUAAUAUAUCUUCUUGUACAGCCAUAAAAUUUGACACUAUCUAUAAUGUCCACUUAUUGUUUCUCGAAGAUUCAAACUCAAACAGGUGCCUAAUUACGACAUUUUUCAAUUAGUAUGCAACUUAUUUAGUUGUCUUACAACAACUCGCUGUGGUUUAAUAAAAAUACGAGUUAAUUAGGAACCCUAUACCCAACCUAUAACCUAUUUUUUCGUAUUUAUUUUAUGCUAUAUAUAAUGGCAUGUUCAAGUUUACACUUUGCCUGCCUCUCAUGUAAUAUUAUUUAUUGAGUAAUACAGUAAAAACUUGUAUUGCUCCAAAGGCAGCCURAAACCACUUUCAUUUUUAAGUUAGUAUAUUAUAUGUCCCGAUUCAGAGCUUUCAGUUUGGCAUAAUGCAAUUGGCUUAGCUACAAUAGCCAAUAGGAAUUUGAUGCGACAACCGCCGAUGUWCUACCUUUACAUAAAUUAAUUUGUUGGUCGUCUUGAUUACUUGAUUACUGUCUCUUCUGAGCCAUGAAUAUAAUAUAUAGUUGCUCUUCAAUAUGAAUGUGUGAUUUAACGACAAGUAUUCAAAUAUCGACCAAAACAGAAUGUCUGGUCCUUCGUGUCCACACCGCCUUCGUCGUGUGGUUCCAUAACUCUAGCCAUUUGCAUUUGCUCAGUGUCGCCUCGCUAUCCUGUCUCCUGAUCACUGUACCAUUGUGACUUCUCGCUAUUGUGUUCCUCGAUUGUGUGGCGCUCUUCAGUCGAAUGGUACGCUAGAGAGACCUUCUAACCAGAACCUGGCCAGCCACAUUAGACACUGUUCUAUAGCACCUUGCAACCGUAAUAGCAGCACUUCUUUGAGCUUGACUGAGCGCGGUUCUAUUCCGGGCUGUCUUGGCUGCCGUCAACGCUCAGACCGGGAAUUUUUUAUUUUUUAUUAUUAAAUCAAAGUGUUUCUGACAUACAAGGUCAUCUAAYUUAUUGAUAUAAUAAAGAAUUUUUAACAUCAUUAAGUUGUUAAGCGUAAAUCAGACCGGGGAAGUGUACAGCAAUUUACUGUGUGYCACCGAUAUAAAGCAGUCACCUUCUCCUUGCUGACGGCCCAAGGCCUCUGGAUCUUGGGCAACAACCUCCCAAGAGCAAACACCGUCCGCCUGACUGUUAUCGUGACACAAGGACCAAAGUUAAUUCUAGUCUCCAACUAUGGAAUCCUAAAUACCUCAUCGAGAAAUUCACCGGGAUGAAGCCCAUCUAGGGUGAAGAUUGAUCAAGACAACCGCAUUCAGACAAUAAAUAAUUAGUUCAACAAAAGCGUGUAUCCCGGGUAAGCGGGUUUUCCCAUAAGGUAUACUACAUAAUAUGUAUACGUCGUAUACUCUCAAGAUUUUUUUUUUUCAAUGUUAUGGAUAUAGGUAGGUA